AUGGUCCAUGUUGUAGGCCAGUUAGCAGAUAUCAUGCUAGGAAAACUUUGUGUACCUAAGUAUUUUGACACAGGGAGUCCUGUUGUGGGAAUAUUCAUUAAUGGAGUUCAAGUUCAUAAUGCCCUUAUUGACCUUGGGGCAACAAUAAAUGUCAUGACGAAGGAUGUGAUGCAGAAACUCAACAUCACUACACUAAGAUCUACACCUAUUGUCCUGCAGCUUGCAGAUAGUUCUAUUGUUAAACCAAAUGGUAUGGUGGAAGACCUUAUUGUAAAACUGGAUUCCUGGGAAUAUCCAGCUGAGUUUGUUAUCCUCUCACCUAAAGCAACUCUAGGGGGAUACCCUAUCAUUUUGGGUAGACCUUGGUUAGCCACAACAGAUGCCUUCAUAAGAUGUAGGUCAGGGGACAUGACCAUCUCAGAUGGGAUGAAAACUAAAAAGCUUGCACUAUACCCACCUGCACAACCUCAACUUGAGCAAGAUCAACCAGUUUGGCUAGAUAUAGAGGAAGAGUCUGAUGAAGUCAAUACAAUACAACAAUUGAUGAUGAUAAGAAGGGAUCCCUUCUUGUAG